UUGAAAAAGUUCUGCCUUGGAUAUACCAUUCCUCUUAUCGGGAAAUGGGGUCUUAGUGACGGUAAAGUAGACAUCAGUUUCAACCUCGAUUCCAUUUUUGGGACGGAUAUUUAUUCGGUUCUACAGACCAGAGGAUUCAUCCCAAAUCCUUUAACUGGUUAUGGUGACAUUGAACUCCGUCCACUCAGUUAUGGAAAUUGGACUUAUUCUCACUAUAUCCAUCUUGGUUAUAAAGAUAUCCUUAAAACCAUUUUUCUUGAACUUGAUCAAAUAGAUUCCUAUUGUUGUGUUUAUCUAAAUUAUCGCUUGCUUAUUUGCACAGAUAGUAGUUUUAUCCGGUACUCUGUACCUAUCUCGCCUUAUACUCGUCAUGGUUGGAACUUCCUUCAGUUAAAGUUUAAUUCAACUCCUAUAAUGGCCAGAUCAGCUUAUCAGAAGUUAGCUCCAAAUCCCCCACCACCUAGAUGUUGGCCGAGCGUUUUCAAUGGAGAAUGUUUUAUUAACGCUGUAAGAACGACUCAGGCCUCCUUUGGAUGGGAUUGGGGACCAGCUUUUCCAAUUCAGGGCUUUUGGAAAACGCCAUCACUUCGAUUUAAUGUAGUCUGGUUAGGAGAUGGAGUUCAGUUUUUCCCAACUUUGGAAGGAACCACAUGGAGAGCGGCAGUAUCUGUGGAGAUUAUUGGAGGGAAGCCGAAUUCGAAGGUCUGUGUCAGCGUCAAAUUAGGAGGUGGACUAAUGAAAAAUUUUGAAAAGCGAUGUAUCCGUAAUGAAAGAAAUAGUACAGACGUUUGGAUGGAAUUGCCACUUAAUGGAAACUCAUCCGUGAUUCCUUGGUGGCCCAUUGGGGUACACAGUGGUCCCAAAGUCUACUCUUUGAUGGUUCAACUCAGAGACGUUUGGGGAGGAUAUCUCUACGAUAGCCGAUUAUUUCGGGUUGGAUUUCGACAGGUGGAGUUAAUUCAGGUAAACUUUCAAAAUUACUUUUAA